GCCCGGCUCUCAGUAGCGCCGCCCGAGGCUGCAGCAGCGCAUCCCGGGGCGCGGCGCCCACCAGCACCCAUGGCGCGGCGGUGGCGCGGAGGGCUCGGUUCGGAAAGGGCCGGGAGCCCGGGCGCCCUGGUGUGAGGAGGGCCGGGAGCUGGCUCUGGAGGCUGCGGAGGCGACGCCGGAAAGAACGAAGCCUCGGCGGGGAGCGGAUCUUUCGAAGAUGGUUUGGCUGCCUUGGAGAUUUGGAGAUCUGAUGCCACGAUGAGGACUCACACACGGGGGGCUCCCAGUGUGUUUUUCAUAUAUUUGCUUUGCUUUGUGUCAGCCUACAUCACCGACGAGAACCCAGAAGUCAUGAUUCCCUUCACCAAUGCCAACUAUGACAGCCAUCCCAUGCUGUACUUCUCUAGGACAGAAGUGGCAGAGCUGCAGCGCAGGGCUGCCAGCUCGCACGAGCACAUUGCAGCCCGCCUCACGGAGGCUGUGCACACAAUGCUGUCCAGCCCCUUGGAAUACCUCCCUCCCUGGGAUCCCAAGGACUACAGUGCCCGCUGGAAUGAAAUUUAUGGAAACAACUUAGGUGCCUUGGCAAUGUUUUGUGUGCUGUAUCCUGAGAACAUUGAAGCCCGAGACAUGGCCAAAGACUACAUGGAGAGGAUGGCAGCGCAGCCUAGUUGGUUGGUGAAAGAUGCUCCUUGGGAUGAGGUCCCGCUUGCUCACUCCCUGGUUGGUUUUGCCACUGCUUAUGACUUCUUGUACAACUACCUGAGCAAGACACAACAGGAGAAGUUUCUUGAAGUGAUUGCCAAUGCCUCAGGGUAUAUGUAUGAAACUUCAUACAGGAGAGGAUGGGGAUUUCAAUACCUGCACAAUCAUCAGCCCACCAACUGCAUGGCUUUGCUCACAGGAAGCCUAGUCCUGAUGAAUCAAGGAUAUCUUCAAGAAGCCUACUUAUGGACCAAACAAGUUCUGACCAUCAUGGAGAAAUCUCUGAUCUUGCUCAGGGAGGUGACGGAUGGCUCCCUCUAUGAAGGAGUUGCAUAUGGCAGCUACACCACUAGAUCACUCUUCCAAUACAUGUUUCUCAUCCAGAGGCACUUCAACAUCAACCACUUUGGCCAUCCGUGGCUUAAACAACACUUUGCAUUUAUGUAUAGAACCAUCCUGCCAGGGUUUCAAAGGACUGUGGCUAUUGCGGACUCAAAUUACAACUGGUUUUAUGGUCCAGAAAGCCAGUUAGUGUUCCUUGAUAAAUUUGUCAUGCGUAAUGGCAGUGGUAACUGGCUAGCUGACCAAAUCAGAAGGAACCGUGCGGUGGAAGGUCCAGGAACACCGUCCAAAGGGCAGCGCUGGUGCACUCUGCACACGGAAUUUCUCUGGUAUGAUGCCAGCUUGAAAUCGGUUCCUCCUCCAGACUUUGGCACCCCUACACUGCAUUAUUUUGAAGACUGGGGUGUUGUGACUUAUGGAAGUGCACUACCUGCAGAAAUCAAUAGAUCUUUCCUUUCCUUCAAGUCUGGAAAACUGGGGGGACGUGCAAUAUAUGACAUUGUCCACAGAAACAAAUACAAAGAUUGGAUCAAAGGAUGGAGAAAUUUUAAUGCAGGGCAUGAACAUCCUGAUCAAAACUCAUUUACUUUUGCUCCCAAUGGUGUGCCUUUCAUUACUGAGGCUCUGUACGGGCCAAAGUACACCUUCUUCAACAAUGUUUUGAUGUUUUCCCCCGCUGUGUCAAAGAGCUGCUUUUCUCCCUGGGAGGGUCAGGUCACAGAAGACUGCUCAUCAAAAUGGUCUAAAUACAAGCAUGACCUGGCAGCUAGUUGUCAGGGGAGAGUGGUUGCAGCAGAGGAGAAAAAUGGGGUGGUUUUCAUCCGAGGAGAAGGUGUGGGAGCUUACAACCCCCAGCUCAACCUGAAGAAUGUUCAGAGGAAUCUCAUCCUCCUACAUCCACAGCUGCUUCUCCUUGUAGACCAAAUACACCUGGGAGAGGAGAGUCCCCUGGAGACAGCAGCAAGCUUCUUCCACAAUGUGGAUGUUCCUUUUGAGGAGACUGUGGUAGAUGGUGUCCAUGGGGCUUUCAUCAGGCAGAGAGAUGGUCUCUAUAAAAUGUACUGGAUGGACGAUACUGGCUACAGCGAGAAAGCAACCUUUGCCUCAGUGACAUAUCCUCGGGGCUAUCCCUACAAUGGGACAAACUAUGUGAAUGUCACCAUGCACCUCCGAAGUCCCAUCACCAGGGCAGCUUACCUCUUCAUAGGGCCAUCUAUAGAUGUUCAGAGCUUCACUAUCCACGGAGACUCUCAGCAACUGGAUGUGUUCAUAGCCACCAGCAAACAUGCCUACGCAACGUACCUGUGGACAGGUGAGGCCACAGGACAGUCUGCCUUUGCACAGGUCAUUGCUGAUCGUCACAAAAUUCUGUUUGACCGGAAUUCAGCCAUCAAGAGCAGCAUUGUCCCUGAGGUGAAGGACUAUGCUGCUAUUGUGGAACAGAACCUGCAGCAUUUUAAGCCAGUGUUUCAGCUACUGGAGAAGCAGAUACUGUCCCGAGUCCGUAACACAGCUAGCUUUAGGAAGACUGCUGAGCGCCUGCUGAGAUUUUCAGAUAAGAGACAGACUGAGGAGGCCAUUGACAGGAUUUUUGCCAUAUCACAGCAACAGCAGCAGCAAAGCAAGUCAAAGAAAAACCGAAGGGCAGGCAAGCGCUAUAAAUUUGUGGAUGCUGUCCCUGAUAUUUUUGCACAGAUUGAAGUCAAUGAGAAAAAGAUUAGACAGAAAGCUCAGAUUUUGGCACAGAAAGAACUACCCAUAGAUGAAGAUGAAGAAAUGAAAGACCUUUUAGAUUUUGCAGAUGUAACAUAUGAAAAACAUAAAAAUGGGGGCUUGAUGAAAGGCCGGUUUGGACAGGCACGGAUGAUGACAACUACUCACAGCAGGGCCCCAUCACUGUCUGCUUCCUAUACCAGAUUGUUCUUGAUCCUGAACAUUGCUAUUUUCUUUGUCAUGUUGGCAAUGCAACUGACUUAUUUCCAGAGGGCCCAGAGCCUACAUGGCCAAAGAUGUCUUUAUGCAGUUCUUCUAAUAGAUAGCUGUAUUUUAUUGUGGUUGUACUCUUCUUGUUCCCAAUCACAGUGUUAGCACUGAAGAUAUAAAUUACCUGGUCAUUUUGUGAUCACAAGAGGCUAUACAAAAAAAAAAUUUCUUUACCCCAGAUUAUCAGAUUUUUUUCCCCUCAGAUUCAUUUUAACAAAUUAAGGGAAGAUGUUUUGACACAAAAAAGCAGGAACAUGGAGAAAUUGGAGCAGGCAAAGAAUUUAUCAAAGCAGUAGAAACAGCUUGGUGGUCCUAUGGUGUUUCUGGAAGUAUUUGGCAUUGCUAAUUGAGCAGUCCAUGUAGUACUACUUUUAGAAGAAACAAAAAGUCUGUUUUUUAAAGUAAUGUUUUUUCUUAUGAGAAAAAGGUUGAGAUAGAAUUGGGUUUUAUUAAUAUUAAUGUAAUACUAUUAGCAAUUUCCUUAUACGAUAUUAUGGAAAAGACUGAAGAAUACAAUUCUGAGAAAUAUAACAAAAUUUUAAUGGUACAGUCCUGUUGAAAGAUAAAUGUUGCUAAGUCCUGGUAUGAUGGUGUCGUUUCCUUGGGGAACUUCUUGAGUUAUGUAACUAACAGGAUCUUUUACUACAGUUCUGGAUGGCUAUUCAGAUAAUAGAGCAAAAAAUUAUAGCAGAAGAUCAUUAAAAACUUAAAAUAUAUUUUAUAGGAAAACAUUUAUCUGAAUGAAUAUUUCCUUGAUGCUGGUCUCUGCACACAUAGAAUUGGUUACUUGUAUGCAUUCAUUGGUGGUUCAAUAAGUAAGAUGAUUACAGAUAAUUUAAUACUGUAUUUUCCUUAUAUGGAAAACUGUUGUAGACCCAAUGACUAAACCUUUCAAAAUAAAAUAUUUUCUAUUAUGAAUGUUGAUUUUCAUACCAAAGAAGAUGGAGAAUCUAAAAUUUGGAUAUGAUUCUUAUGUUUUUUUAAUAGGAAAACUUUUUCAAGUUUAUUUUGCUAAAUAAACAUCGUAAUUGUGAAUUUU